AUGAACAAGCUACGAAAGAAACGAAUGAUCCUUUCAAUAAAAACGAAACAAGAAAUAUGUCAAUGUAAACAAAAAAAUUCAUUCAUUAGUAUUGAUCAACUUUCUGAAGAAUAUAGUUGUGACCGGAGUACAAUUUCAAAAAUUUGGAAAGAAAGUGAAAAGUGGUUGUCUAUGCAACUAGCGGAUGUUGAAGAAAAUAAAAUAGUUAACUACCCAGCAAAAUUUGUGGAGUUAGAAACUGCCUUAUAUACUUGGAUGCGACGAAUUCUUUCACGAAACGGAAUGGUAACCGAUGGGAUUCUACAAAUUCAAGCUAAAAAAUUUGCAGAGUUAUUAGAUAUCA